GGAAAAGUUUGAAGCGCUAGACCCCUUCUCUCAUCCUCGGAGAAGGGGAUUGGGGAGGACCCCGAUGGAGGGUGGCAGAGCCAGCCUGGGAGGCGCGGUCUCAGCGAACGCGUGAGAGCGCGUGAGAAGGAGGGAGGGACGCGGGGCGCGGUGGGGAAGCGGGAGGGCGCCGGGACCAGGCGACCGCCCUGUUGGUUGCGUAGAGACCCAAAGGAACCAGGAGGACCAGAAGGGACAGGAACCCAGCUGUGGGCUGUGUAGGGAGGGGGCGGAGCGCAGACCGAGUAGCUUGGACCCGGCGGCCGGAGGGGCGGGGGCUGCGAGCUGCCAGCGGGUGGAGUCGGGGUCCCCAUCACCGUCUCAGCGCAGCACAUCUCCGCCGGUCUGUGCUCCGUGGCACAGCGCCCAGGAGCAGAACAGAGCCAGGACCGUCCGUUGCUGGAUCCCGGUCACCAGGGAUCGUUCUUCGGCAGGGAUUGGUGUCUUGGCACAUUGUGUAUGUGCAAGAACAAUGGUUUGUAAAGUGACAGUGGAAGCAGUGCCCCACACAACCUCUCCUCUGCUUGUUCUUUGAACGCAACCCUGCCAAGUCCUUUGAUGACUUAGAGAUUCUGCAUGUUGCUACCAGCUAUGUAAUGUUUUUCGAUCUCAUGAGAUGGAAAUUGACCAGUGCUUGCUGGAGUCCCUCCCCCUGGGCCAGCGGCAGCGUCUGGUGAAGCGCAUGCGCUGUGAGCAAAUCAAAGCCUACUAUGAGCGAGAGAAAGUGUUCCAGAAGCAAGAAGGGCUCCUGAAGAGAAUCAAGCCUGGGAAGAGCCAGAAGGUCCACUUCGGCCUGGCUGACAUGAUUCAGGAUGCCAUCAUCCACCACCAUGACAAAGAGGUGCUUCAACUCUUGAAGGAGGGGGCGGACCCACACACUCUCAUUUCCUCAGGAGGGUCUCUACUCCACCUGUGUGCUCGAUAUGACAAUGUUUUCAUCGCAGAGGUCCUCAUUGACCGGGGUGUCAAUGUCAACCACCAGGACGAGGACUUUUGGGCCCCAAUGCACAUUGCCUGUGCCUGUGACAACCCUGACAUUGUCCUGUUGCUCAUAUUAGCUGGAGCCAACGUCCUUCUGCAAGAUGUGAGUGGAAAUAUCCCUUUAGAUUACGCCGUCGAAGGGACAGAAUCUAGUGCUAUCCUGCUGGCCUAUUUGGAUGAAAACGGAGUGGACCUCAACUCACUGCGCCAGAUAAAGCUGCAGCGGCCCAUGAGUAUGCUAACGGACGUCAGGCACUUCCUGUCUUCAGGCGGAGAUGUCAACGAGAAAAACGACGACGGAGUGACCCUGCUGCACAUGGCGUGUGCCAGUGGCUACAAAGAGGUGGUGCUGCUUAUCCUGGAGCAUGGUGGAGACCUCAAUGGGAUGGAUGAUGGGUACUGGACACCCCUGCACUUAGCAGCCAAAUAUGGCCAGACAACCCUAGUGAAACUCCUUCUGGCAUAUCAGGCAAACCCCCACCUUGUGAACUGCAAUGGCGAGAAACCAUCAGACAUCGCUGCCUCUGAGUCUAUCAAGGAGAUGCUGCUGAAAGCCGAAAUCGCCUGGGAAGAGAAAAUGAAAGCGUCUCCAUCUGUCCCCAGCUUAGCACAGGAGGAGCUGUACGAUGAGAUCCUUCAGGACUUCCCAGAUCUUCCUAGUAAGCUAAGUCCCCUGGUGCUACCAAUUGCCAAGCAGGACAGUUUACUGGAAAAAGACAUUAUGUUCAGAGACACAACAAAAGGCCUGUGCAAGCAGGAGUCCCAGGAUGGCCCGCCAGAGACCAGCAUGGUGAGCAGCAAGCCAGAGCAGGUCCAGCUCACACCUCCAGCUCCCAGCGAUGACCUAGCUACACUCAGUGAGCUUAAUGACAGCAGCCUGCUAUAUGAAAUUCAGAAGCGCUUCGGAAAUGACCAGAUACAUACCUUUAUUGGAGACAUCUUUUUGCUUGUUAACCCAUUCAAAGAACUCCCAAUUUACUCCACUGUGGUGUCCCAGAUGUACCUGAGCCCCACAGGCCAGCGCAGCCCCUCGCUGCCCCCCCACCUCUUCUCCUGUGCAGAGCGAGCCUUCCACAGACUGUUCCAGGAACGAAGGCCACAGAACAUCAUCCUCAGUGGAGAAAGAGGGUCAGGGAAGACCCAGGCCAGCAAGCAGAUCAUGAAGCACCUGACCAGCAGGGCCAGCUCCAGCUGUACCACGUUUGACUCCAGAUUCAAGCAUGCCAUGUGCAUCUUGGAAGCCUUUGGACAUGCCAAGACCACACUCAACAAUGUAUCCAGUUGCCUCAUGCAGUACUGGGAACUGCAGUUCUGUCAGAGGAGAAAACACGUAACUGGAGCCAGAAUUUCUACUUACAUGCUGGAGAAGUCCAGGCUUGUGGCUCAGCCUCCUGGCCAGGGCAGCUUUCUGAUUUUCUCCUGGUUGAUGGACGGGUUAUCCACGGAAGAAAAAUAUGGGCUUCACCUAAGUAACUUCUGUGCGCACCGGUAUGUGAGCCAAGGCAUGCAGGAAGAGAUGUCCACAGCAGAACGUUCUCUGAACAAGGAGAGACUUGCAGCUCUGAAACAUGCUCUGAAUGUAAUUGGCUUCAGCACUUUGGAGGUGGAGAACCUGUUCGUUAUCCUGUCAGCGAUAUUGCACAUUGGAGACAUUCAGUUCACAGCACUGACAGAAGCUGAUUCGGCCUUUGUCUCCGACCUCCAGCUUCUGGAACAAGUGGCAGGCAUGUUGCAGGUAUCGACAGAUGAGCUGGCAUCCGCCUUAACAACUGAUAUUCAGUAUUUUAAAGGAGACGUGAUAAUACGUCGACACACCACCCAGAUGGCCGCGUUUUACCGAGACCUCCUGGCCAAGUCGCUAUACAGCCGAUUGUUUGGUUUUCUGAUAAACACUGUGAACUGCUGCCUCCAGAAUCAAGAUGAAUAUAAAAGCCUACAGACAUUGGAUAUUGGAAUACUAGACAUUUUUGGUUUUGAGGAAUUUCAAAAGAAUGAAUUUGAACAACUCUGUGUCAACCUGACCAAUGAAAAGAUGCAUCACUAUAUCCAAGAGGUGCUCUUCCUACAAGAGCAAACAGAGUGUGUACAAGAGGGAGUUGCCAUGGCAACAGCCUGUUCCCCUGGUAACCAGGCUGGAGUUUUGGAUUUCUUCUUCCAGAAACCAUCAGGAUUCUUCUCCCUACUGGAUGAGGAGAGUCAAGUACUUUGGUCAGUGGAGCCAAGCCUUUCCAGAAAGUUGCAAGGUCUCCUGGAAUCGUCAAACACAAACGCAGUCUACUGCCCUGCAAAGGACGGCAAUGGAAACGUUGCUUUCAAAGGUCAAGGCGCAGCCUUCACUGUCAUGCACUACGCAGGAAGGGUAAUGUAUGAAAUUGGAGGAGCAGUUGAAAGAAACAAAGACUCUCUUUCACAGAACCUCCUAUUUGUAAUGAAAACAAGUGAAAAUGUCGUGAUCAGUCAUUUGUUCCAAUCAAAACUGUCACAAACGGGAUCGCUCAUAUCUUCCUACCCAUCCUUUAAAUUUGGAGGACACAAAUCCACCCUGCUCAGUAAGAGAACCGCCUCUUCCAUGGUUGGAGUAAACAAGAAUUACCUAGAACUUAGCAAGUUAAAAAAGAAGGCAACUUCCACAUUCCUACAAAGACUGGAACGCGGAGACCCCGCCACCACUGCAUCACAACUCACUAAAUCUCUGGCAGACAUCACUUCGAAGCUACAGAGGGGAAGCACACACUUCAUCCUUUGCAUCAAGCCCAAUACCUCUCAGCUGCCUGGUGUGUUCGAUCACUUCUACGUGUCGGCCCAACUGCAGUACCUUGGUGUCCUGGGGCUGGUGAGGCUGUUCCGCUGUGGGUACCCAGUGCGGCCUUCCUUCGAGGACUUCCUAUCCAGAUACGAGCCACUGGCUUCUGUUCUUCUGGGUGAGAAGAAGGGUCAGCCUGCUGAGGAGAGGUGUCGGCUUGUUCUCCAGCGGUGUAAACUACAAGGUUGGCAGGUGGGAGUCCACAAAGUGUUCCUGAAGUACUGGCACGUGGACCAGCUCAGUGACCUGUGGCUCCAGCUGCAAAGGAAGAUUGUAACUUGCCAGAAAGUUAUAAGAGGGUUUCUGGCACGCCAACACUUACUUCAGAGAAUGAGCAGCAAGCAGCAAGAAGUUACAUCCAUCAAGAGCUUCUUACAGAGUACAGAGGACAUGGCACUGAAAACCUAUGAUGCCCUGGUCAUUCAGAACGCUUCCGACAUUGCCCGGGAACACGAUAGGCUCCGGAAGGAGGUCCACGCUGCCUACCACAAGAACAGACAAGAGGAAGGAACCAAGAGAGCCGAAGACCAAGGAGGAUGCCGGCACAUCCACUCCAACUCCAACUCCGUGCCAGUGCCCGUGGUGGUGGACAGCCUCACCCAGGCUCUCGCUGGACCGUCCACCCGGUCCCCAUCACUGCACUCUGUGUUCAGCAUGGAUGACAGCACUGGCCUCCCAUCACCACGGAAACAGCCUCCACCCAAACCAAAGAGAGACCCUAACACCCGGCUGAGUGCCUCCUAUGAGGCUGUGAGUGCCUGCCUUUCAGCCGCCAAGGAUGCAGCCAGUGAAGCUCUGACACGGCCCAGACCCCACAGCGAUGAUUAUAGCACCAUGAAGAAGAUUCCCCCUCGGAAGCCAAAGAGAAGUCCCCACACGAAGCUCACGGGCUCUUACGAGGAGAUCUGGGGACCACGGCCUUCUGGCAUGAUGGGCCAGGUGGGCAGGCAUCAGGCCCAGGGGACACUAGGUGUGCAGUGGGCCAGGCCUGAUUCAAUGCCACAGUACACACCACAGCUGCCUCUGCACCUGCCAUUGCCACAGAGUGACUAUGACGAUGAUACUGAGCCUGUGUACAUCGAGAUGGUGGGGAACGCAGCCAGAGCAGGUGGAUCUGAGACUGACAGCCCUGACCAGGGCGAGUCUGUGUAUGAAGAGAUGAAGUAUGUCUUGCCUGAGGAGGGCAGUGGCCCAGGGAUGCUCACCUUCCUGCCUGCCUCACCUCCUCUGUUUUUAGAGACUCGAAAAGCCAUCAUCUUGGAGGCUGCUGAGGGGAACUCCCAGCCCUUGAAGGAUACGUGUGACAUCCCCCCACCCUUCCCCAAUCUGCUUCCCCAUCGGCCACCACUCCUAGUCUUUCCUCCCACCCCAGUGACCUGCUCCCCAGCUUCUGAUGAGUCCCCACUGACACCCUUAGAGGUGAAGAAACUGCCAGUCUUAGAGACCAACCUCAAGUACCCGGUGCAGUCGGAAGGCUCCAGUCCCUUGUCACCACAGUACUCAAAAGCACAGAAGGGGGACAAUGACCAGCUGGCAUCCCCUAGCUUUCCUGUGUUUAAUGGGCCCAGCCGAAUCUCACCACCUGCCACCCCACCCCCACCCCCAGGGCCACCUCCUGCACCCUGUGGGCCACCUCCUGCACCCUGUGGGCCACCUCCUGCACUCUGUGGGCCACCUCCUGCACCCUGUGGGCCACCUACUGCACCCUGUGGACCACUUCCCGCAUCCUGUGGGGGGGCCUCUGCACCCUGUGGGGUGGUCCCUGCACCCUGUGGGGUGGUCCCUGCACCCUGCAGGCCACCCACACACUUCGCCUUCCCACCCGAUUCUGUCUUGCUCACUGCAGCUAAAGCACUGACUAACUCUGACCUGCCCAGAACACAGCCAAAGCCCAGUUCCGCCCCAGCACUGGGUCCCUGCAGCUCCUUUGUCAAGGCUCCAUAUUCGCCUGGAAGGACAGCCAGAGCAGACCUCAGAAAGGCCUCAUCCACCUUCUCCCCACCAAGCCCUUACAGCCCACCCAACAGCAGGCCGCUGUCCAGCCCUCUGGAUGAGCUGGCCAGCCUCUUCAACUCGGGAAAGAGUGUGCUGCGAAGGUCUGCCGUGGGACGAAGGAUCAGGGAGGCUGAAGGUUUUGAAACUAACAUGAACCUGAGUAGCCGGGAUGAACCCAGUUCAUCAGAAAUGGCGUCAGAGACUCAAGACAGAAAUGCAAAUAACCGUGGGACUCAACUCUCCAGCUCCCUGUCUAGUGUCGUCACGGCUGAAAAUGGAAAUCCUGUUACCAACGAACUACUAAAAUAUGCAGUCCCCGUGUGUUGGAGUCUCAAUAAGCAUGUGCCCAUUGAAGAAACACCACUACCUGCAAAUGAACCACCAAGGGGUUUAGCUGAGGAUGAUGGGUGCUCAAGGUUGUGUCUGAGUGGCAUGGGGACUUCAUCAUUUCAGAGACAUCGAGAGAGCCACACCACCCAGGUUAUCCAUCAGCUGAGGCUCUCUGAGAAUGAAAGCGUAGCUCUGCAGGAGCUGCUGGACUGGAGGAGGAAGCUCUGUGAGGCCAGAGAAGGCUGGCAGGAAGCCCUGCAGCACCCGGAGCCCCGUGCACCUCCACCACCACCCUGCAAGAAGCCAACGCUCCUAAAGAAGCCUGAGGGGGGCUCCUGCACCAGGCUGCCGUCCCAACUCUGGGACAGCGGUAUCUGAUACAGCCUGGACUGUGGGCACCUGUCUGAGCUGCCUAGUGACUGCAGGCUGCUUCUGCAGGCGACUGCCAUCGUAUGCCUGAGGUCUCCUCUCCAGGCAUCUCCACAAAAGCACAGGAUAGUAACGAUGACUACCCAAGACCUCCUGUGUGUACAGGUCUGUGCGUGCUCGGUGGUUCCUUCUCCAUUUCUUGAUAGCACACUGAAUUUUAGGACCGCACUUCUCCCAGAUAGCCAGAGGCGAGGAGGCAUUUGGCUGAGGUCAGAGGUCAGAGCAGUGGAGGGAGGUCCUCCAGGCAGCUGUUUCUACCCCACAGUGGCCACUACCCCACCAGUGGCUGUCACAUGGUGCAGCACAUAGGGCAUAUGUUUAUUUCUUUGUAGUUGUCUGUCAUUAGAAUUACAAACCCGACGACCGUUUUACAUGUUUAUUACCGUAUUUUAUAACGUUAUGCAAUUGGUGUGUUCCCUUUCUUCAACAUGCAGAUUUUAAAAGACUAUUUCUAGGAAUUUUCUUUUAAUUCCACAUACUUAUUUUUAACCCAAAGCCCCUCAUGUCCUGGGGAUUAUGCAUUGCCUUGGCUUUAACAUGCCUACAGCAAUGCUGGUCAAGAAGUAGAGUUUUUGUGUCCUGUCCCUCCACUCUUCCCGGCACCCGGCAUCUCCCUUGGGUACAUGUGGUGUUGGCAUUCAUCGGUUAAGCUUUGUCCUCACCCAACCCCUCAGCUUGGCGUAGAUGACAGGAUGUUUAUGGUUCAAAAUGUAUGGCUUCGAGUUCCUAGCUGGUGAUACUGGACUUUCAACAGUCCUGAGAAGCAGGCUGAAUCUCAUGGGACAGAGCAGUGUGCUGCCCCCCCUAGGAACACUGCAUGACUCCCUGCUGUGUGCCCGGCGGCUGUCCUGCGUGCGACGGCCUGCUUCUCCAUGUCUUUCUGCCCACUGUCCAUGAGUUCUGAGCGGUGGCUCUACCAGCCAUCUGCCACCUCCCCCCGCCACUUGGACCUGUUCAUUCAUUUCUGCUGUUUCAGGACUUCUGUGCCAAUAAAAGGGUGCAACUGUA